GUAUGCUAAAUACCUCUGGUUCCUUAUCCGGGAACUACCUCUUUCUCUGCUAUUGGGCCACUGGGUCACGUGGUAAAAGUAACUUUACAGGGCUGCUCGAAGAGUAGGAGGGCUUUAUGGAGCAGAAAAACGACAAAGCUAGAAAAAUUAUUUUCCACUCCAGAAAUUAAUGAUCAUGAGCUCGUAUUUGAUGGAGUCUAACUACAUUGAUCCGAAAUUUCCUCCAUGCGAGGAAUAUUCGCAAAAUAACUACAUCCCUGAGCAUAGUCCAGAAUAUUACAGCCGCGCGAGGGACACUGGCUACCAGCAUCACCACCAGGAGUUAUAUCCUCCUCCGCGGGCGACCUACCAAGAGCGCCAGUAUAACUGUGCAAGCAUCCCUGAACCCGACACGCCACGGGGACAUGGAAUACCCCACUCCGCGCACCUGCUGACAGGGAAAGGGCAGCCUGCUUCAUGUGAAACCCCACAGUUGUCUAUGUCCCCCGCCACCCCACCGGCCGCAACCUCCGCCUGCAACCAAGCCACCCCGGAGCAUCCGAACAGCACAUCCUCCUCCAAGCAGCCCGUGGUCUACCCGUGGAUGAAGAAAAUUCACGUCAGCACUGUGAACUCGGGUUACAAUGGGACGGAGCCCAAGCGCUCCAGGACAGCAUACACCCGCCAGCAAGUCUUAGAAUUGGAGAAGGAAUUCCACUAUAACCGAUAUUUAACUCGGCGGAGGCGCAUCGAGAUCGCCCACACCCUGGUUCUGUCCGAGCGACAGAUUAAAAUCUGGUUUCAGAAUCGCAGGAUGAAAUGGAAAAAGGAUCACAGGCUCCCGAACACCAAAGUGAGAUCAUCCACCACCUCCUCCUCCUCCUCCGCCUCCUCCACCACCUCCGGGUCCAACACAAGCGCAGCAGCCGGCGCUGUGGCCGCUGCCUCGGCCACUAACACAGGGGGCCCCGAUGAACUGACUGGAGCACAGCAUGGCGAGGAUAUUACCAGGUUAUAAACCAAGAGGAACUGGGUUAUUUAUAGAACAAUUAUAUAUUUUGUUUUCGUAGCUAUCGUGCGGUUUCCUUUAACUCCAAAGUUAUAUAAAAUGCAUGUUAUAUAGCAUGGAUUACUGCGAAUACCGAUGGAUUAUUUUUACGUGACACAGGGUUUAAUUUAUUUGAAGUUCAAUUAAAAUGUUUUUUAUUGAAAUGUUUUGAAUGAAGGAAAAAAAGUAGAAAAAAUAUACAUUUUAUCCAAAUGUUAUUGUGGGCCAUUCUUUCUUUUUCUUUUUCUUUUUCCUUUUUUUUUUUUUUUGCCCUGCUGCCCAAGGUGAAAUGCACAAUCUAUUUAUUUCAAACAACACUGGAAGCAAAUCAAUAUAAUAAUAGUUAUUUUUGGUAAAAAAAAAAUAAAAUAAAAUAAGAUGGACCACACCAUUGAUCUUGAACUUGUGUUUAGGAUAAUAAUGUGUGAAUUACCUCGUGUAUUUCAGGAUUAUUAUGUUUUUUUUUUUUAUUUAUUUGCAAUUUAGUUUUGUGGUGUUGAUGUUGUGUUUAGACCGUUAAAAAGCAGAUUAUUGUGAAAUGCAAUAAACGGAGUUUAGUGUUAUUGUGCUAAUCAUAUUGGUCAAUAAAACAGUGAGUGUCGACUAGUUUUACA